CUCGAGAGGCGGCGUGAGGAGCCCGCUACGCCGCUUCCGUUAGAGAGCUCCGCUUAUUCCCUACCGAGACUUACGGCGGCCUGGCCGAGGGACGGAAACGGCGUAGCGGACGCUCGUGGCGGGACGUGGCGGACCCAGGACGAUUGAAGUUGCCGAAGCACCCAAGGAAGCCACAACUGGGAAUAGGAACCUCUGGAGUCCUCCCCCCAAAAGGGGCAAACGACCCACCCUAAAGUGGGCUUGUGGGCAGCUUCCGUUGUGCAAACUCCCCUGACUCGUGUUCAAUCCUUCCUCUUCAGAGUGGGACCUGUUUCCAGAUGGACGGUGACCCCUGAAGCCCCUUCGACGGCUACCUGCCUUUGAGAGCCUCUGUGUAAUCCUGGUCCGUCCUCGGCCUUGGCGCAGGACUUCACCAUGUGGCGCAAGGCCCUGGCUGUGGCUCUGCUGGCUUUGACCACGGGUUACGUCUUCUGGCUGGACCCCACGUUGCCGGAUUCCCUGUGGGAGCAUCUCUCGGGCUCCUUCCUGAACCGACUUCGCGGGAAUCUGGGGUCCCCGGAGGGCAACAUGGCCGAGGCCUGGGAUGCCCUCAUCACCCAGCCAGCUAAGCAGUGGAACAGAGUCGCUGUGGGGGUCAACACCUGCGUAGAUGUGAUCCUGUCCGGGGCGAAGCUGCUGCAGGCCCUCGGCUUCCACGGCCAGGGCGGGAAAGACCACUCUGUCUUGCGUUCCGCUGCUGAUCUGGAAGAAGCCUUCCUCCAUUUUAUGGGGAAGGGGGCGGCUGCAGAACGGUUCUUCAGUGACGCAGACGCCUUCCACCGCAUCGCACAAAUGGCGGCCAGCUAUCCUGGCGCCCAGUUGUAUGUUGGAGGAAAUGCCGCUCUCAUCGGCCAGAAAAUUGCAUCUCAUCCUGACUUAAAGGUUCUACUUUGUGGCCCAAUUGGGCCUAAACUUCACGAGUUGCUUGACGAGAAUGUAAUGGUCCCUCCAGAAUCACUGCAAGAAUUAGAUGAAUAUCAUCUUAUUUUGGAAUACCAAGCAGGUGAAGAAUGGGGAGAGCGGAGAGCUCCCAACGCCAACCGAUUCAUCUUCUCCCAUGACCUGUCCAACGGGGCCAUGAACAUGCUAGAAGUAUUUGUAUCCAGCCUGAAGGAAUUUCAGCCAGACCUGGUGGUGCUUUCAGGAUUCCAUAUGAUGGAAGGACAGACCAGAGAGCUGCGCCAGAAGAGGAUCCGAGAGGCUGUAACUUCCAUUUCUGACAUUCCCAUGGACGUCCCGAUCCAUUUAGAAUUAGCCGGUAUGACCGACCCAGACCUCAUGAGAGAAAUAAUUCACCAGCAGAUCUUCCCUCUCGUGAACUCCAUUGGCUUGAACGAGCAAGAGCUGCUGUUCCUCAGCCAGGCAGCCUCAGGACCUCACUCCUCCUUAACUUCCUGGAAUGGCGUUCCAGAGGUGGCUGUUGUCAGUGACAUCAUUUUCUGGAUCUUGAAAGAAUACGGGAGAACUUCAGCUCAGGCUUCGGAUCUCACCCGGAUCCACUUCCAUACUUUGGCCUACCACCUCCUGGUUACCGUGGAUGGGUACUGGGGCAACCAGGUGGCAGCGGUGGCUGCUGGAGCCAGGGUGGCGGGAACCCAAGCUUGUGCCACCCAGACCAUUGACGCCAGCAAAGUCUUCCUGAAGGCACCACUGGAGUUUGCCACUUCCAAGAUGGAGGGGGCCUCCAGAGUCUCCUUAAAUCCGAAGGAGCCCAUAUCGGUAUGGCAUCAGGACGCCAUUUCUUUCCAUUACACUCCCGUGCUGGUGUGUAAAAGCCCUCUGCGGACUGUGGGCCUCGGGGACGCCAUAUCUGCUGAAGGACUCUUGUAUUCAGAAAUCCAUCCUCAUUAACCACCGAAUAAAGAGAUCACUCCAUUGUUUAGAGUCCAGGGGUAGUCAACCUUGGCUCUUUUAUGACUUGUGGAAUUCCUGAGCCAGUAUAGCAUAGCUGGCUCAAGAAUUCUGGGAGUUGAAGUCCACGAGUCAUAAAAGAGCCAAGGUGUUCAGACCAACAGGUAGAGGCUGGAAUUCAGAUUGGAUCAGGAACCAAAGGGGCGAAAAAAUAAAUGCUAUCCAGAACUUGGAUUUAUUGUCACAGGAAUGUUUAUAAUGCAAAAAUGGUAAGGUAGGAAGGGACCCCUUUUGGUCGGAGCGAGAAAGCCAAGUUUAUUUAUUUUUUUAAAAAUUAAGUCCAUUUCAUUUGCUAUAAUUUCUAAAAAGGGAUGUUGUUCGUGGUGCCUGCUUAUUCCAGGGGGGGAUAUAGGGAUUCUUUUCAGAAUCGUAUCAGCCAGGCAGAAGUAAAAAAAAAAAAAAUAUUAUUAUUUCUUUACCUUCCUGACAUAGAAAAACCCAAGCUUCUACUUGUUUGGAAGACCAAUGUAUUUACCCUUUAACUUUCCUACUUCCAAAGAUGUACCAGCCUAUUAACAGGCAAGGAAAGGGUUCUCCUCUUAGGCUCAUAAAGUGACUGAGGCUGGAUAAUGCUAAUUUCCUUCGCUGGAUAAUGCUAAUUUCUUCUUUUGCCUUUUGCGGUUGCUACUUUCAAAGGUCUUUUGUUGGCAAGGUGAUUCUCAAAUGUGAGGCAGUUUUGUCUCCUAACAGUGAAGGCUGGGGGCAAGGAUGAGAAAGGAGAGCCUACCGUAUAACCGCUGCUGACAUGUUAAGCGUAAUAAACAGAACAAGUUGCAAUAAAUCUGUGAAGAAUGCC